GUCUGGGAUUUAGAAUGAAUUUUAGAAGCACCUGGAAAAAGCACUUGAUUCUGUGCCUUUGGGUUAUCCUACACCAAGAUGUAACAGCCGAAGAUUUUACAACCGCAGAGCCUGUAGAAGGACCUCAGACUCGCAUAGUUGGUGGCAUAAAUGCUGGAGAGGGACAAUUUCCACAUCAAAUAUCGUUGCGUUUGGGUGGCAAUCACAUUUGUGGUGGUUCCAUAAUCUCUUCGCGAUAUGUGGUAACUGCAGCCCAUUGUGUAAUCUUGGGCACACCACCAAAACGGGUUCCUGCUUCCUCCUUAACCAUACGUGCUGGCAGCAGAUUAAUCAACACUGGCGGUCAAAUUGUGGGAGUCUCCGAAAUAAAAGUUCAUCCCUCCUAUAAAAAUUUCGAGAAUGACAUUGCUUUGCUAAAACUCUCCAAUCCCUUGAGUUUCAAUGCUAGAAUUAAGCCCAUUGCAUUGGCCAAUAAUAAUCCUCCAGCUGGAAGCUCCAUAGUCAUUUCGGGUUGGGGUCGCAGCAGCACCCAAGGUCCUGUACCUCAGAAUCUACAAUAUGUGACUCUGAAGGCUAUAUCACGUAACGAUUGCAAAAAACGCCUUUUUGGUUUACCCAAAAAUGUCAUAUGCUUGGCUCAUCCAUUUGGCAAGGGUGCCUGUUUUGGAGAUUCUGGCGGUCCAGCGAUUUACAAAAAUCAAUUGGUAGGUGUGUGCGAUUUUGUAGUAAAUGGUUGUGGAUCUUCCAAUCCAGAUGGUUAUGCCAGUGUGGCAAAUCACGUCAACUGGUUGAGAGCCAAUGCAAAGUAAUUGCAAUAUAAUUGAAGAAAGUUUCAAGAGAAGGUAUGAAGUUCCUUAUAUCAAACAUUACGUUGUAAAUGAAAAUGUAAAUAAAAUGUAAUUUGAUUAAAAAAAAAAACAAGUAAAAAGGCGUUAAGUUCGGCCGGACCGAACUUUGGAUACCCACCACCUCGGGUAUAUAUGUAAACCACCUUUUAUCAAAAUCCGGUGAAUACGGUGAUAGUAGUUAUAUCGAUAUAUGUUCCGAUUUG